AGACCAAAGAGCUCUCUAUGAGGAUGUCAUGCUGGAGAACUGUGGGAAUGUGGCCUGUCUGGCAGGAGAUGAGCAGUGGAAUGAGGGUGACAAAAAAUGCAGAACUUAUUGCCAGAUCAAAUCAGCAGUGAUGGUCUGAAAGGAAACGUCAGGAAUACAAGUGGACCAAAGAGGCAGAAAGGAAGUCACAUGGCCGAGAAGAAGGUUAAACCCGUUUCUCACCAAGGGCAGGAUUUCCACGAACUAAGCCACACAGUAGAGGUAGCAUAUCAGUGCUUAGGGUGUGGAAUGAACUUCUCAGAUCAAAACCAAUUUGAGAGCCAUUUGCAAAUGCACAGUGGAAAGAAGACUCAUCAAUGCUUGGCGUAUGGCAAAACUUUCCUUUCUAGAGGAAAGCUCUUUAGGCAUCAAAGAGUACAUGAAGAAGAGAAACUUUAUAGUCACUUAGACAGUGGCAAGAACUUCUCACCCAGUUCAAAUAUUUUUCAAAUAUUUUUCUUCAUUCAGAAGAAAAAACAUUAAUGUCCUUAGAGAGGGGAAUGACCUCCUCUGGUAGAAGAAUGGGUAAUGUAUAUCUUCCAAAGGACAGUAUAAUGAGGGCAUGUAAAUGCUUUUGGUGUAAAAAAUUCUUCAGUUGCAGAUCAAAACUACUUGUGCACCAAAGAACCCACACAGGAGAGAAACCUUUUGAAUGCAUUGAGUUUGGCAAAGUAUUUAGUCAUAGUGGCAAUCUUCAAGGACAUCAAAGAACUCAUACAGGGGAGAGACCUUUUGAAUGCUUAGAGUGUGGAAAGAGAUUCAAUCAUAGGAACCCUCUUCAAAUACAUCAAAGAACUCACACAAAGGAGAGACCUUUUGAAUGCUCAGAGUGUGGAAAAAGAUUCAGUCGGAGUAGCACUCUUCAACAGCAUCGAAUAACUCAUACAAAGGAGAGACCUUUUGAAUGCUCAGAGUGUGGAAAGAGAUUCAGUCAGACUGGCUCUCUUCAACAGCAUCAAAGAACUCACACAGGGGAGAGACCUUUUGAAUGCUUAGAGUGCGGAAAGAGAUUCAAUCAUAGGAACACUCUGCAACAGCAUCAAAGAAUUCACAAAAAGGAGAGACCUUUUGAAUGUUCAGACUGUGGAAAGAAAUUCAGUUGGAGUAGCAGUCUUCAGAGGCAUCAAAGAACUCACACACAUGAGAGAUCUUUUGCAUGCUCAGAAUGUGGAAAGAGAUUCAGUCAGAGUCGUACUCUUGAAUUGCAUCAAAGAAUUCACACAAAGGAGAGGCCUACUGAAUGCUCACAGUGCGGAAAGAGAUUCAGUUGGAGUAGCAGUCUUCAGAGGCAUCAAAGAACUCACACACAUGAGAGAUCUUUUGCAUGCUCAGAAUGUGGAAAGAGAUUCAGUCAGAGUUGUACUCUUGAAUUGCAUCAAAGAAUUCACACAAAGGAAAGGCCUUUUGAAUGCUCAGAGUGUGGAAAGAGAUUCAGUCAGAGUAGUACUCUUCAAUAUCAUCAAAGAACUCACACAGGGGAGAAACCUUUUGAAUGCUCAAAGUGUGGAAAGAAAUUCAGUUGGAGUGGCCAUCUUCAAAGCCAUCAAAGAACUCACACCAAGGAGAGGCCUUUUGAAUGCUUAGAGUGUGGAAAGAAAUUCAGUCAAAGUAGCACUCUUCAGCAGCAUCGAAGAACUCAUACGAAGGAGAGACCUUUUGAAUGCUCAGAGUGUGGAAAGAGAUUCAGUCGGAGUAGCACUCUUCAACAGCAUCGAAGAACUCAUACAAAGGAGAAACCUUUUGAAUGCUCAGAGUGUGGAAAGAGAUUCAGUCAGACUGGCUCUCUUCAACAGCAUCAAAGAACUCACACAGGGGAGAGGCCUUUUGAAUGUUCAGAGUGUGGAAAAAGAUUCAGUUUGAGUGGCAAUCUUCAACGGCAUCAAAGAACCCACACAGUUGAGACCAUUUGUAUGCUCCGAAGAGCAGAAAGAGAUUCAGUGAGAAUAGCCAUCUUCAACAGGGUCAAAGAACCCAUACAGGGGAAAAACCUUUUGAAUGCUCAGUGUAAGAAUGAUGUAUCCUCUUCACUCUUAGACAGCAUCAAAGAACUCACACAAAAGAGAGGCAUUUUGAAUACUCAGGGUAUGGAAAGAGAUUCAGUUAGAGUGGCAGACUUUAACACUGUCAAUGAAUCCAAGGAGGACAGAAGCACUUGGAAUGCUCAGAGUGUAAAAAGAGAUUCAGUCGGAGGAGUCUUCAGCAAUAUAUAAGAACUGCACAAAGAGAGAAAACAUUUGAAUGCUCAGAGUGUGGAAAGAGAUUCAGUCAGAGUGUCAUUCUGCAACAGCAUCAGAAAACCCACAUGGGUUUUCAACCUUUUUGAAUGCUCAGAGUGUGGAAAGAGAUUCAGUUGGAAUAGUAACCUACAGCAACAUAUAAGAACCCACACAAAGGGAGAAAACUUUGUUGGUUUUUUUUAGUUUUAAAAAAUAAACUUUAUUUGGCAAAAGGAUUGUUUAAAAAGACAUACAUUAAACAAAAUAGAUAAUUACAGAGUUACACAACUGAAAGACUCACUAAAGCUAAAAACGUAAUAAAAAUAGCACAUUCUUAAAGAAACUCGUAUUGUUUCAAUAAUCUUGAUUAUCUCUUCCUGCUACCCAUAUAUAACAUCAUUUUUUCUUUCAUCUCCUAGAUCCAACUCAUUCCUUAAAUUCUUUUAAUUUAUAAAAAAAAUUAAAGGAAAAAAAUCAUGAAGCGCUUAAAUUAAAUGCUACUAUAAUUUAUAAAGCCUUUACAGUCCUCCCUCUUAUCAGCAAAAUCUAAAAAAGAUUUCAAUUUUCCAAAAAGAAAUUAAUAUUUUUGUUCUUAAUUAAAGGAAUUAAAGAAGCAUAUUCCAAUAAGGUAUUCAACCAAUCUUCGAUUGAUGGCUCCAUUUCAGAUUUCCAAUUCUUGGCAAUCAAUACUCUCACAGCUGUGAUCAUAUAUAAUAACAAUUUUUAAUAUUUCAGUAUAUUUCUUACAUUUUUAGACAUAAUGUUUAACAGAAAUAGUUCUUUACUGAAUCCGGUGAUGAAGAGAGUUGCUCUUAGAACAGUGAUGGCGAACCUAUGGCACUGGUGCCAGAGGUGGCACUCAGAGCCCUCUCUGUGGGCACGCACAAACAGAGUGCCCCCCCACACACACA